AUGCAUAUCCAGACGCUUCCUCAAGAGGUGCUGGCCAAGAUCCUCGACAUUGUGCGCCUAACGGAGCCUUACAAGACCGAUUUCUUGAACCAGCGCCUUGUCUGCCGACGAUUUGAUGACGAGAUAUCCCGCCUCGUCCUGAAACACGCCUCGCCACUGGCUCUGGACAUCGGCCGCAGACAUAAUUGGCGACCGGGCAUCGAAUGGAUGCUCAUCACCAAAGCUAGGAUCCAUUUCAGAGACCUCGUGGGGCCCUUUGCAUUUCUCCACGAUGCCGCGGCCUAUCUGGCGGCGAAGAACUUGAUCCCCAACCUCACACACGACGAUGCCCUCGUCGCUGCCUGUCGCUGCGUUGUCGCUGCUCACGAUCCCAGCUGGGUCGUCAACCAUCUGGUGACCUGGGAGCUCGGCCAUUCUCUGCCAGACAUCAUUUGGCAGCUGAGAAACUAUACUUCCAAACGGUUCAAUCCAUUAUUUAGGACUCUUCCUGAAGUUGAUGCUAACCUUCAGCUCGGUACGCUCCAGCUGCUGCUCGCCCACGGGAAUGCCUUGGCCAUCGAGCACUUCAUCAGGAGCUGUGGCUUAAGUAUGAGGCAGAUGCACUGUGUCCACCUUGCUUUCGGCUCGGUCCUCUCUACCGCCAUCGUGUUCGCACGGGAAAUUGCAAUCUUCACCCUCCUAGAGUUUGGGCUUGACACGACCGUCGAGUUGGUUGAUGGCAGGCGCAAGAGUGGCUUGCUGUACGCCUGUGAGAUGAACAGAUCAAUGGCAGCCUACAUGCUCCUGGAAGUCCCGCGCAAUGUGCAGGUCAACUUCCAGGAUGCGCGCGGGCACUCCGUCUUGAACUGGGCUGCUCGGAGAGGAUGGGGAGCGGUCGCUGAGGCACUCCUCGCGAGGGACGACAUCAACCUGAAUAUCGCAACGAAGUGGGGAGAAACCCCGAUGGGCGCAGCAGCCAGGCAGGACCACGAGUAUAUCGUGCGGCUCCUCCUGGACAAGACAGGCGGCAAGCCUCCGAAGGGAUACUCGAGGUACUCCCCCAUGUGGCUUGCUUUUGAGAGCGGCUCAACCAACGUCGUCCGCCUGUUCCUGGAACGACUUGGGACCGACUUUGAUGUCAAUCAAGUCAUGCGCAAAAAUUUUACGCCUCUCACCUUGGCAGCGAGCAUGGGCUAUACGGCCAUCGUCAGUAUGCUUCUCGACUUUCCCAAAAUCGACGUCGACAAGCCAAUGGACAAACAAACCCUCACUCCCCUUAUGCUCGCUUGUCAGAACGGCCAUAUAGAGAUUGCCCGCAUGUUGCUCGACCGUGGGGCGGAUAUUGCCCGCAAGUCUUUCGGGAGGCUGCCCUUCCAGAUGGCGAUGGAUCACGGACACCACGAGCUAUUCGAGCUCCUGGUUGACGGCACGAUUGCAUCAAACGACGAGGCACGGACGACUCUUCUCUGGAUCGCUGUGGCAGGUCAGCCUAUGCUGGGAAUUGUGAAGAAGCUCCUUGCUUGUGCUCCAUUUCGCCGAAAUCGGGCUGAUCAAUUAGGCAGAGUCUUGGUUCACUCAAUCGUAUACGGCCUCGAUGAUGUCGUGGAGGAGUUACUGCGCUAUGCAGAAGUUGAUCCCAACUUCACCAGAGGCUUCCCGUCUGACAGGACGCCAUUACUCAGGGCGAUAUACUGCCCGGCCGCAACAGAGAUCAUACCGCUUCUGCUGGCUCGACAAGACGUGGAUGUCAACAAAGUAACGAGUGGAGGAACAGCCUUGGCCUCGGCAGCUGCUCGAGACGCAUUGCCUGCCAUGGCCGCUUUGCUGAACCAUCCGGGCAUUGAUGUGAACUUCUGCCCGAUACAAUGCAAGGGCGCAAACACACAUUUCCGGCUGAACCAGCCUCGCAAGUUCAAACCUUCAAGGAAAGCACCUUUCAAAUCUUACUUGAAAGACAAAGACUAUCGGCAGGAGCCCGCCCUCUUGGUUGCAGCCACAGAGAACAACAUAGAGUCAGUCAAACUGCUCUGCGAGGAUCCCAGGGUUGACCUGGGCAUUAAGGACAGUUACGGCAGAACUGCACUCUGGUGGAUGGUUCGACAUGCUAAUCGCAAAAUGGCCGUCCAAAUUCUGGAUUAUCCGCGGAUGACGGAGCAGAUCAUCAAUGCUCAGGAUGAAGACGGCUGGACCGCGCUGCAUGUCGCUGCGAACUAUGGCCUUCAUAGAAUUGUCGAAAAGCUGCUCGAGCGGCCGGAUAUCAACCCAAACCUGCGUGUUUCAAAUGGCUGGACGGCUUUGCAUAUGAGCGCGGGAAACUGCAACGAGAAGGUUACGCGGAUGUUACUUAGCCACCCCAAGAUCGAUCCAACCAUCAAGUUGAAUGAUGGUCCAACGCCGUUUGGUCUUCACAAGGGAUGUAAAUGUGGUCUUCAAUUAAUGGACCCAGAAGGGGGGAUGGAAUAUGAUUUGGAUCAAGAAGUAUCGUAUAAGGAAGCUCGGAUUGUGAGUGACCAGACGGAAGAUGUGGAGAUGUCAUAUUGA